CCCACAAUGAAUCUCAAAGCUUUGGAAAAGAUAAAGCCACUACCGAUUUCUCCGGCUUCUGAAAUUUCUUUUCGGAUUUCUUAGAAAUAUAAUAGCUUUGGUAUCUAUGAUUUACGAAUGGGUUCGUCGAUGUGGAAAAGACAAUUAAUGUGUUUGUAAAGUUGCUAGUAGCUGGUUUCUUAUUAAUAAGGAAGAACGUAUUCAGGCUAUGUGGCUCCCCGAUUAGCUCCAUAAUUUCAUUCUCAAGUCACGGCGAGUUUAACCGGAGAAAAUUACCAGAAAGCACGUUGAAGGAUGACCGAAUACAAGCUGGUGGUGGUGGGAGCUGGUGGUGUGGGGAAGAGUGCUCUGACUAUUCAGCUCAUCCAGAACCACUUUGUUGACGAAUAUGAUCCCACAAUCGAGGACUCCUACAGGAAGCAGGUGGUGAUUGAUGGGGAGACCUGUCUGUUGGACAUCCUGGACACUGCAGGUCAGGAGGAGUACAGCGCCAUGAGAGACCAGUACAUGAGGACAGGAGAGGGCUUCCUCUGUGUGUUUGCCAUCAACAACAUCAAAUCAUUUGAGGAUGUACACCUUUACAGGGAACAGAUCAACCGCGUGAAGGACAGCGAGAACGUUCCCAUGGUCCUGGUGGGGAACAAGAGCGAUCUGAGCACCCGCACCGUGGAGUCGCGGCAGGCUCAGGAGCUGGCCCGCGGCUACGGCAUUCCCUUCGUGGAGACCUCAGCCAAAACACGACAGGGUGUGGAGGAUGCCUUUUAUUCCCUGGUGAGGGAAAUCAGGAGAUACAAGGAGACAAAUCGCAGCAACAAGAAGAGCAAGAAAAACACACAGAGACGUUGCACUUUGCUAUAGCACCACACUACUCUCACCCCCACUGAUUGCAUCUUAUCAUACCAUGCAGACACACACACACACACCCUGCUAUAGUGUUUUACAUAUGCCGACAUCCUCAUAAACCCCUUCUUUAGCACAAUGUGCAUACUGCAUGCACACAGCCUCCGUUUGCACAACACACACACACACGUACAUGCACACAGAAAGACUUGUUUCACUUUUACACACAUUGCUGAUUUAAGUGUCUAAUUUGAGUGACUGUUUUAAAGAGACAGACAGACAGACAGAAGGAAGGAAGGAAGACUGGGACAGUGUUUUCGUCUAUAACUCAUUUCCAUCUCAGACUGGCUUCCAUAAGUAAAACAGAGUGCAGAUUUUGUUUCGUUUUUUAUUUUAGGUCCGUUCCAUUGAUUUCAACUGCUGGCCUACCCUUUGCAUUUCGUGAAGCGCUAAUCCGAUAACUACAAAAAUCAUAAACAAACCUGUUUGUAAGGAACUCCGAAAUCUGGAAUUGAUGAUUUGAGUGACUCUUGUUAAGUGCAAAAGAAGGCAGAUCUUGGGAGUGUCUAUUGAACUGAAUUGGUUUGAAUAAUGUUAUUGGGAAUACCUGUCAUAGAAACUCAUGAGAGAAUUUCACCUGCUACUUUGGAAGGACCUGUACUGGUACAAUUUUGUUGUCCAGUCAUGUUGUGCAGGAAGAUGGGUUUUUAACCAAGUGUUUUGUUGGGGUUCACUUAUUAUGACUAAUCCUCCAUGCGGUCCCUCCCUUGUUCACGGCCAUCUAAAGAUACUCCAGCGGUUCCUGAUAACUUGCUCAGAACCAGUGGUGUGCCUCCAUGAACAGGCACCCGCCCCCGUAUGCUUAAGAAAAUACUCCCAUACAAGUUUGUUUCCUUCCUAUUUUGACAGCACUGAGGAAACAAGUCCCCAGUGUAACUGUUCUACACACCACCCAAGUCUUUUCUGGGGCUUUAAAACCGAGGAUAUGCCAAGGAUUACUGUUUUAGCUGUACCGACCAUGCAGUCUGAUGGUGGCCCUAGACGGCAACAGUGAAGUGCUGGAAAGAUAGGAAGGAGGUUUUCGCGUUUGUUGGUGUCAGUGGCUUGCCGUUCCUGCAAUGGAACAGUUCAGCUUUGUUAUUUUUGAAGGGUGUCUUUUGGUUCAGAGAAGAGCGGAGAGGUCACUUCUCCACUGUCCGGCUCUGGACAGCUGAGGUCGUCAACUGGCCCAACUACUGCAAAUUGAAUCCAUGUUAAAGUGGGUUAGCAAGCCAGCAGGUGUCAGUGGCUGCGAUCUAAAGAACUCACUUAUAGUGGUGGGGGGUGUAUCUUAAAGUGGCAUCUACCCGCUUUACCUGAAAAUGUCAAUAAUGCACUCUGAUACAACACUUUAAACUUGGUUAUGAAUCAUGGUGCCUCCAUUGAAAUAGAACCCAGAAUAGAAUUCUGAUUCUGUGGGCUCACGACUGCUAGGUCUCAUGUCAAGAGUGAAUAGGCAGUAGGUCAGUGAUAGACAGACAGAGAGUGAGAUGCUGUCUUGUACGUGUCCUGAUACUUAACAGGAAGUUAUGUGGAAAUGUCCAGUUAGCGAGUAUUUGGUCAGAUACUUCCUCAAACCUCACCACGUUCAAUGUAAAUUGAGUGGCAUGACUGGAAAGGCAAGUAAGGAGAUGAUGAUGGUGGCUGAUGUGAAUGUGCGUCACUAGACAGAGUUUGAGGUGGUGGGUGUGAUUCUGUAUGAACUGAAAGUGAACACAUGAGUGUGAUCGCAUAGAGACUAUACAGGCUCAGUAGUUAUAGAAAGUAAUUGAGGGAGUUUGAAUUCAAACAGCUGGGUCCUGCAUUUGUUUCUUUUUGAACAUCUGGGCAAGGCCCCCUAAAGGGAGAGAUUACAUUUGCCACUGAAUUUUUUUUGGGGGGGAGGGUCUGAAAUUUGGCUUUUUUUAUGAAUAAGAAUACUACUGUGUGAAUGAUAUUAAUGUGAGGUUGUGUGUGUAUGUGUCUUAAGAGCACUCUGUUGUCAGCUGACCUCAGAAUGAAUCAUGUGACUCAAUGUCUGUAGAGUAGUUUUAGUGUUCCCAUGGCAACCGGACAGAUGGACAGUCUUUAGGAAAAGUUUUGCCAUGGGAUCUGGAUCUAAAACAUUCCUCUCUUAUAGUGACCAGAUGUUGUAGAAAACCUUUGUUUGUGAAUAAAAACAUUUUUGGAUAACUAA